UAUAAGGGAAUACAGGUACAGUUCUGAAUCACCAAUGAUUAAUAAAGCUGUUAUUUGUUUUCAAAACUGCAUAUGGCACCACUGUAUCUCAAUCGAAAUUUCAUUUGAAAUUGGUUGCUUGCAUCAUUUGAACGGCCAAGGUUUUAUCUGGUUUUCUAAAGGGCUUUAUCUAUAUUUCUUUAUCGAAAAAACAUGCAGUAUUAUAAAGCGUACCUUUUUACUACUUUUGUUAUUUAUGAAGUUACUCAUGCACUUAAGAAAUCUGCAGUCGAUUUUUACAAGUGAAUAGAGAAAAUGGCGUCCAUCGACACUGACGGUGAAAUUCAAGAUUUAAUUACUUGCAGCAUUUGUUUAACCGAAUUCGAUCAAGACGAGCACAGUCCAAAAUUUUUGCCCUGUGGCCAUACCCUUUGCUCUUCGUGUCUCAAGGCGAUUCGUGAAAAUCGAACGAUUCGAUGUCCAUUAUGUCGCAAAGUCCACACGCAAAUCAAUUUGGCGACUUUACCUAAUAACAAUUACGCCCUGCAGGUGGCGAAACUUGCCAGAGAGAAAAAACAACUCGAGUCGCUGUUACGACAGAACGAAACGAGUCGAGAUUCUUUGCUGUCCAGCACUGCUGACGACUUUUCGGCAUUGAAAACUCAACUGGGCAAAAUGCGGGAGCGUCGACAAACAAAUUUAAGUCAGGCCAUUGAAAUGAGGAAAGAAAUUUCAGCCUACCUGUUGCUAGUGCUGGAUUCGGUCAAGAACGCGGAGAAGGAAAUAGCCGGACAAGUGGAUGAGAACGACAGAUUUUUGACAGAUUUAAUUUCACUUUACGAAGGAGAGAACAAACUGGCGAAUGUCAGCGACGAAUCGACUGGAGAAGCUUCGAAUGUCACCGAUGACAUGUCAGAAUUGGAAUCGUUGAUGAGUAGCUGUCAGUUAAUGCGUUGCCCUGACGACACGGAAGAAACGAUCAAAGAGAAAAUGAGCCAAUCGGUUGAGAAAAGUCACGACAAAUUGAAGCUAGCUACUUGUGAAAUGACUCAAUUGCAUAAGUGGAAGAAUGCGUCGUUCGUUUUAAAAGCGCAAGGUCCCGGCUCUGUUUCGUUAUUCAAUUCAACUAUCAAAAUUGAUUGGACAACUACUCCAUUUUCAUCGAAAGAUUUGAAUCAUUUACUUUUGUCGCAUUUGAUUUGUUAUGUAAUUAAACCGGCCGCAGCGACGACUGAUGUUCCAAACGCUUCCAGCGGAUUCAAUCUAGCAUCCCUUUUUUCUAUUUCUGCCGAAUCAAACCGACGUUAUAGUGAAGCCGAUGAUUCUUACCUUGCUUCAAGACUUGCAGAAUUGUUCUCGGAUGCUGACGAAUCAACGGAAUCCAGUUCUGAAUAUGGUGGCGGCACCUCAAUUUCUUCAGGACUUUUUUACAGGAGAGAAUCGUUUAACCGUUCAGAUGAAAGUAGAUUUGGCUCUGAGGGAGGGUUUGGAACAUAUAGUCAGCGAGAGAGACGAUGGAUUUAUUCAUCAAAUAGCGAUUAAAAUUAUAUGUCACUUAUUGAAAGGUGAUAUUAAGAAUUAGACUUUUUUUAAAUUAUCCCACUAUUCAUUUAAAAAGUCUGAAAUUAUUACUUAAUUUGGCCUCUUUUCAGCUUUUGACAGUGUGUAAUAAUGUAAUGUGCUUUAAUUAAAACCCCAUCUUUUGAUUUGUGAAUUGCUAUUUGUUGUUUUUUUUCUUUUUUCUUUGGUUAAUGAAAUGAACUGCAGAUUUAAAAAAAACGAUCCACCGUUUCAUUUUGGGCAUUGGCUUUAUUUAUGUUUUGGUGGUUUAGCCUCGGGCCAAUUGUUGACGUUCUGUUGAUGUGCCAAAUUCCAGAAUGGCAAUGGCUAAUGACGUUGAAGAUUUUGUCACCUGUGGUGUUUGUUUGUGUGAAUAUGACGAAGAAAUCAGGAAGCCAAAAUUUCUAUCAUGUUCCCACACCGUUUGCUUUUUAUGCGUGCAGGAAAUUCGUCGUGGUGUCACUAUUACAUGUCCCUUUUGCCGUAAAGUGAUUACCAAGGACAAUAGGAAAGAGGUUGAAUGGAUUCUACCCAACAACACUUAUGCGCUUCAAAUGCUCAAAUUAAACAAACAAAGAUCUGUGUCGUCAACUGUUGCUGCGAUGGAAAACAAGAACCCAGAUGCUCUUUUGAAGUUGAAAGACGAACUUGUAAAAAUUAGAGACUCUGGAUUCAACAAGUUAGCGUUGGCCAUUCAGAAACGUAAAGAAGUUCAAGAUCAAGUGGGUCUGGUUUUAAAAUCCCUCCAUGCUGCAGAAGAAGAAGUGACAAAAUUUCAAGAUGAAAAUAAUCUUUGCCUGGUGGAAAUGAUUUCAAUCUUGGAAGCAAAUGCAGGAUCAUCUUCGACAAAAACUAACCCUCCAGGAAAAGGCUUGAUCUUAUCAGAGUUGAUGUCUCUAGUGGAAGGCUCUACAUCCAACGAUACACCCGAGACCCUGAAGCAAAAGAUGUCAAAAUCAGUCGAGAUGUACGAACAAAAACUUGAAGAAGCGACUGCAAUUGCUGCUAGGACCAACUCUAAAACCAAAAUUCGAGUUCAUUUGACAGACGAAGACGGGAUUCCAAUUUCGACAGGAGGCGAGCAAGAAAUUGGAUUACAACCCAUCGCUCAGGCUUUGGAUGGACCUCAAAUUUUACAAGAUUCGAUUCUGCUCUCACACACCGUUGUUGCGUCAUUGAAAAGGAAAUCAAACCUGGUUGAAUCACAGAAGCCUGCAGCCAGCGCUUCCGCCGCAACAUCUGUCCCACCACCUGCACCCUCUAAUAACGAAAGAUUUUUCAUUGGGAAUCUUCCUUCCAAAUUCAUCCUCAGACUGUUUGAAAAUUUUGAUUCGGUGACUGGUACGCGGGAGAACCGCGAUAGAAACAGUCUUGGGGUUCCUAAAGGCGAAGUUCACAUCCGUCCUGUGCCAACAUUUCAUCCGGAAUUCGUCAAACAACUGGGCAAUUUUUGUUACAAAUCUCCAAAGAAGUUUUUCAGUACUAUUGACAAGGCCAUGUCUGGAGUGUUUGUCCUGUUUUCCAUGAACCACUCCAAGUUCAAGCCUGCCGUUCCCAGCAUGAUCGGUCACGAUUCCGGUGAGAAUCGCAGUUACGACCAACUCUACGACUUUGCAGCAAUCGAUAUCAAUGACGUCGGAAUCGAUUUAGUCAAAACUUCGGCUGGUAAAGUGAUUGGUUGGAGUUUUGUCUUUAUCCUGGAAGAUAACGAACAUUUUCAAAACCGCAAGAAUUUGCAUGAAACGGUUUCAGACAGCGAGCUGUUUGGCCGGGUUAUUAACCACCAUUCACUGGAUUGUAUGAACCAGUUGAGUAGAGUCAGCAGGGCAGAACGAGAUCACUAUUUUCUCACUUUAGAAUCUCAAUAGUCCACAUUGCCUUUUAAUGUUUAUACGUGAGCUUUUAUAAUGUUUUCAUACGCACCUUUUAUGGGCCAGACAAAUGGGGUUUUUAUUAAACGGUAUCCUUUUUAA